AUGAGCUCUCUGCGCCCCGUGGACACUGCUGCCGAGGACGAGCCGCGGACCCCCGCCGCCCGUGGCGCCAUGGAGGACUCUAGUAGCGAGCACGACAGUGCCGACGAAUACGAUAUCCUGUACCCGGACCCGCGCGGCCGAGACAUCAUGGACAACAGCGCUUUCUUGGCCGACUGGAUCCCGGACGUGCCCAAGGACCCGACGUUGGCCUUCACGUCGAGCCUGCCCGUGCAGGUGACCGUUCAAGUUGCCUCGUCCUUGGUGCGUCGCGUGACGUACUGCCGAUUCAACUGGAAGACCGAGACGCUGCGCUCGUUUCUCGAGGUACUAAGCUGGACCAGCGUCACCGGCGUCGCAUACAGCUUACACCGCGACUGGCUCUGGGCCGCUCAGAUUGGCUUCCUCUUUGGCCUCGUCAUGUCGAUCUGCGAUGAAGUAUGUAUCACCGGGGCUCGUUUGCUCUUGCACCGGAUCGUCGCACAUCCCGACGCUCGUUUGCUCCUGCAGCGGGCGGGCUUUGAUGUCGCCACGCACAAGCGGCCGUCUAGCGCUGGCAACGACGAAGCCGUCGCGAUCAAGAACGUCGUCUUCGGCGCUAUGGCGCUCGAGACUGUGCAUCAAUUGUACCUGAGUACUUCCGAGAACAUCCAGUCGUUUGCUAUCCUCACUGCUACGAUGGGCGUGGCUUACGUUCUCAUGGGCGAGGUUUUUUGCCUCUGGCUCCCAACUCGGCGACUUGGACUCACAGUCCAAGCACGCUGGACGCGUAUCCCCAAGAACUGGCAGGUCCACUUUCAACGAUCCCUUCUCGAAGUCACAUGCUGGGUCGCAUGCCUCUCGUACGUCUACUCGACAACGGCGAGUCUGUACAGCACUGUCGGUUGGAGCUCGCUUCUCGGCAGCGCCCUCUGCAUCCUCGGCGGUCUCGACCCGCUCGACGCCAACGCGAUUGUCCGACUCCAAACGUCGUUGCAACAAGCGCAUGCAUAA